AUGUUGGGGGCCGCUGGCAGUGUGGAGGCCGGGAUCGCCUUGCUUGCCCUCUACCACCAGCUCGCGCCCCCCAAUGUGAACCUCCAGCAGCCCUGUAUCACUGAGGAAGAACAACAAAAGAGGGGCCUUUGCCUCGUUCGAAGUGACUCACCCCCGUCGGAGGGCGCGGAGGCCGAAGUGGAGAGAUCCUCGACGGUGAAAAUGGAGAACUGUGAGGCGGUCAUCUCCAACAGUUUGGGGUUUGGUGGGAUCAACACCGCCUUGCUCUUUACACGAGUGUGA